AUGGGCUACGUGGUCACUAAAGCUAACAACUCGAGAACCGCGCAGUCGAUUGAGGAGGCAUACGAGGAGAGUGUGUUCAGAUCUUUCGGUGCCUGGGAAGUGAUCCGCCAUGAUCGUGAGCCUGCCUUGAUGGCUGACGUCUACCGAGCGUUCAAUCGGAUCCUUGGUCAGAAGCAGAAGGCUACAGUGGCCUACAGGCCUCAAGCCAACGGCAAGGCCGAGCGAAUGGUUCAAACAGUCACACGGGCGGUCAAGAUGUACGUCCAAGACGAGGGCAAACAUGACUGGGACGAGUAUGUAGAGCGUCUGCCUCAUACAUUGAACACGGCAUAUGACCGGAUCUGA